AUGGGAUAUUUGGAAUUGGGAUUGGGUCAGAGGAAAGCACCAAUUGAUGUAAAUAACUUUUUAUAAAGUCUGCAAUAAAUAUUUAGUGGUGGUGGAUCAUAUGAUGAAAAGGGUGAAGGAAAAUAGUUUGGUAAUUGGAUUGAGUUGUCAGAUGAGUUUAAAAGGUUUCAUUAAAUAGGUUAUCGUGGUUAAUAUCAAAAUGGUAAGAAAGUUGGUAAAUGGACGAGAAUAGAUUUAAGUAUUUAAAUGA